AUGGCACUAGCCGCUUACCGAAACCUGCUGCGGUCCGCGCGCAUCGCCUUUCAGGGCGACACGCACACCCUCUUCGCCGCCCGCGCUGAAGUGCGCAAGAACUUUGAGUCGAACCGUAGUCUCCGAAUCGGAAGCGAGGAGCUCGAGAAAUCCCUGUUGCAUGCGCAGGAGGUGUCCAAGUUUCUGCGAGAGAACGUGGUGCAGGGACAGGCCGAGGACGCAGAGGGCAACUACAAGCUACGGAUACACGAGCACACGGAAAGAGGAGACAAUGAGGACAUUAAGAAAGGAAACGGAAAGACUGCAUUAAACGGAGCCAAGUGCUGCUCCUCCUAG